AACCCAGGCUUGUCACAUCAUCCCGCCCCCUUGGUUUCAGAAGUCUCCGGAAGAGCCUCGUCUGGAGGAAGAGGAGGACAUUGAUGUGCUCGGUGUGCGGCGGUUGGUGAAGAGAAAAAUGGCCCUAGCAUUACCAGUGUUCUAUAACUCAUCUGCGGUUGACUACAUCCUGCAGCCAGCUUCCUUAUCGAACAACAAACCACUGUAGGUUGCCUUCUACCAUCUCAGCAAACCUUUGCCUACAGAUGCCAAUAAGAUGGCUGCUCCUGUCCCGUGGGCCUGCUGUGCCGUGCUCGCUGCCGCUGCUGCCGUGGUCUACGCCCAGAGACACAGUCCGCAGGACACUCCCCAUGUGCAGUACGAGCGCCUGGGCUCAGACGUGACUCUGCCGUGUGGGACUGCCAGCUGGGACGCGGCGGUGACGUGGCGGGUGAAUGGCACAGACCUGGCCCCCGACCUGCUCAACGGCUCUCAGCUUGUGCUCCGGAGCCUGGAGCUGGGCCACGGCGGCCUCUACGCCUGCUUCCACCGUGACUCCUGGCACCUGCGCCACCAGGUGCUUCUCCAUGUGGGCUUGCCGCCGCGGGAGCCCGUGCUCAGCUGCCGCUCCAACACAUAUCCCAAGGGCUUCUACUGCAGCUGGCAUCUGCCCACUCCCACCUACAUCCCCAACACCUUCAAUGUGACCGUGCUGCAUGGCUCCAAAAUGAUGGUCUGUGAGAAGGACCCGGCCGUCAAGAACCGCUGCCACAUCCGCUACAUGCACCUGUUCUCCACCGUCAAGUACAAGGUCUCGAUAAGUGUCAGCAACGCCCUGGGCCACAAUGCCACAGCCAUCACCUUUGAUGAGUUCACCAUCGUGAAGCCUGACCCUCCGGAAAACGUGGUAGCCCGGCCAGUGCCCAGCAACCCUCGCCGGCUAGAGGUGACGUGGCAGACCCCGUCGACCUGGCCCGACCCCGAGUCCUUUCCUCUCAAGUUCUUUCUGCGCUAUCGACCCCUCAUCCUGGACCAGUGGCAGCAUGUGGAGCUGUCAGACGGCACGGCACACACCAUCACAGAUGCCUACGCUGGCAAGGAGUACAUCAUCCAGGUGGCGGCCAAGGACAACGAGAUUGGGACGUGGAGCGACUGGAGCGUGGCUGCCCACGCCACGCCCUGGACGGAGGAGCCACGACACCUGACCACUGAGGCCCAGGCCCCCGAGACCACGACCAGCACCACCAGCUCACUGGCACCCCCGCCCACCACGAAGAUCUGUGACCCUGGGGAGCUGGGCAGCGGCGGGGCAGCCUCGGCGCCCUCCUUCGUCAGUGUCCCUGUUACUCUGGCCCUGGCUGCCGCUGCCGCCACUGCCAGCCGUCUCCUGAUCUGAGCCCGGCAUCCUGUGAGGACACGCCAGCGGACCUGCAGAGGAGCAGGAGGCCGGAGCUGAGCCCGAAGACCCCGGUUUCUAUUUUGCACACGGGCAGGAGAGCCUUCUGCAUUCUCUUCAGACACAAUUUGUAGAGACCCCGGCAGGCCCGGGCCUGCCGUCCCUGCCCUGGCCCCGCCACCCCAUGCCGGCCCACCUCCCUCCCUCACGGGAGGGGGCCAUGCAGCUAACCCGCCCACCAAAGACCCCACCACUCGCCCCUGUCCUGCCCCCCUGGGGCUGGACCCUCCAACGCCAGCGACUCCCAGGAGCCCUUGGGGGGGCCUGAGGGGAGCCCCUCACAUCCAGUCUCUCCUCCUGUCCCCGCCUCCUGUCUGUCCCAGGGUCUCUGUUGCCACCAUCAGAUUAUAAGCUCCUGACGCUGGGGGGGCCCAGCCAUCCCCUUCCCCCCAGCGCCCACACUUUUCAGUCCCCCACCUCUGCCCCUGUUUUUGUACGACCCUCCCCCUUUCCUGCUCCCACCCCACAGUAUUUAAUGCCCUGUCAGUCCCUUCUAGUCUGACUCAAUGGUAACUUGCUGUAUUGAAUUUUUUAUAGAUGUAUAUACAGGGGUGGGGGUGGGGGGUUCUCAUUAAACGUCACCAUUUCAUGA